CACACACACACACACACACACGCAAGGCAACUCUCCACAGGAAAAGCUGGAGACAGAAUGCGCAGCACCUCUCUGCCGUCACACAGAGCUCCGUGGGCCCAGACGGAUCCUUCUCUACUUUGAUAUCUGCUUAAUUACUUAUGUGAUGCCACACAGAUGUCUGGGGGCAAGAGCCGAAAGUUUCCCCACAUGUGUGCGAAUGACUGACUGAGUGACGGGAUCUUGAGGAAGGCAGACAUUUUAGGAGCGCUUCCGUCUGAUUGAGUGGACGUAUCGGAGACUGUCAUCAUAUCUGGGAAUCGUGGUGUGGAAUGUGUAGCGCGAUGGGCUCCCUGACCCUACAUGUGUUGCUGCUAAUAGCUGCCAUGGCGAGCAGUGGAAUGUGCCACAUGAAUGAAUCAGACUCUCAAGAGCUGCGCAGCUCCCUGGCCCUGGGCUCCAUCUCUACCACAGCGGCCGCUGACCAGCACAACCGCGGCUCUGUUCAGAGCAAUGUGGCCGGCCAGAGGGGAGGGAUGUCGGGCAACGUCACCAGACGGCGGCCCCCUCCUGCUUGUACGGUUGUCCGGACGUCCAUCAGCUCCUGCUUCAGGUACAUCAACACAGGCAUCUCUUGUGUGGUGUUCCUCGUAGGGAUGGUAGGAAAUGCAACACUCCUGAGGAUCAUCUACCAGAACAAAAGCAUGAGGAAUGGGCCCAACGCCCUCAUUGCAAGCUUGGCUUUAGGAGAUCUCAUGUACAUCAUCAUUUGCCUUCCCCUCACUGUUUACAAGCUCCUGAGAUCUAGGUUCCCCUUCAACGACAGCGCCUUUGGGUUGUGUCUCUGCAAGCUGGUGCCCUUCCUGCAGAAGGCCUCCGUGGGGAUCACGGUUCUCAACCUCUGUGCCCUCAGUGUGGACAGGUACAGGGCUGUGGCGUCGUGGAGCAGGGUGCAGGGGGUGGGCAUCCCUCUCUUCACGGCCAUCGAGAUCCUCUCCAUCUGGCUGCUGUCAAUCCUUCUUGCAGUCCCUGAAGCCAUCUGCUUCGACAUGGUCACUUUUGAAUACGGAAACCAGACCAUAAGAACCUGUAUGCUCAACCCCCAAAGUGACUUCAUGCAUUUCUAUACGGAGGCAAAGGAUUGGUGGUUGUUUGGGUUCUACUUCUGUGUACCCUUGGCCUGCACAGCCAUCUUUUACACACUGAUGACCUCUGAGAUGCUCACUCACCGCAAUGGAAAUCUCCGGAUUGCACUGAGUGAACACUUAAAACAGAGACGGGAAGUGGCCAAAGCUGUCUUCUGCCUGGUUCUGAUCUUUGCCCUGUGCUGGUUCCCUCUGCAUCUAAGCCGGAUUUUGAAGAAGAUGGGCUACUCUGAAUAUGACACAGGACGAUGUGACUUCCUCAACUUCCUCCUAAUCUUGGACUAUUUGGGCAUAAACCUGGCCACAAUCAACUCCUGUAUCAACCCCAUCAUUCUCUACUUUGUCAGCAAGAAGUUUAAGAACUGUUUUAAGUCCUGCCUCUGCUGCUGGUGCCACUCCGAUCCUCAGGUGAACAGCAACAGCAUCCAGUGUAAGACCACGAGCCCCAACAACCUGCACACGGACCUGUGCCUGCGCAAGGACAGUGACUAGGCCCGCACACACACAAUGCUGCCUAUGGAACAAGAGACCACGCAGACUGUCUACAACAACAUCAACUCAUGGCCACUAAUCCACAAGCCAGUCCAUGAAGCUGCAGGCCUCAAGUGUGUAUGUGUGUGUGUGUGUGUGUGUGUGUGUGUGUGUGUGUGUGUGUGUCUGUGUGUGCGCACUUGUGUCUGUGUGCGAGUGUGUGCGUGCAAAGGCUCAUGUGAACAUGAUGGUGUGUGUGUGCGUGCAGGACCUUGCAGCAGUUCUGAGCCAGUGAAAGACAAGACAAGACUGGAUUGAGCUUAUAUAUAGCCACGUACAAUGGAGCCGAGCCGGUGUGUUUAUGUGUGUCUCCGUCCCCACACAAGUGUUGUUCCCAGGCCCCUCUCACAGGAGGAAGAGUGCUGCGUGGAGAGGGGGAGGGAGCAGGAUGGAGCUGCACACAAGCUAUAAAUGACUCACGUGGCUGAGUGUUGUCUUCACACGGCCCACAGCAAUGGGAAGCCAAAGGAAGGAUGUGUGAAAAGGUGUGUGUCAAUGAAGCUGCUCCGAGACUGUCCCAGGGAUCAAGCAACUAAUGAGAACUGCAGUAACAUGGGCCCACGAUCACUAAACCACUCGACUUAUAUCGCUCUUUACCACAGCUGACUUGCCAGGGACCUCUAUUGACCAUCUGGUCUUAUUCUGGAUGGGCCUGAGCAAAGGACCACCAAUUACUUCAUCAGCAGUUAGGGCUACGAGGACUAUUUACUCCGUGCGCUGGUCGUCACAUAAUGAUACAUGUUGAGAGGCUUGGUGUUACAGUAGUCAUUAACUUGCCUAUUGAUUGAAGCGGGUUUCUUUUGCUAUGCAAGUACUCUGCAGUGUGUCUAACUUAUAUAAAUGUGAAAAUGAUUUAGAAAUAUCAUAUCAUAAGCUUUUGCUGCAUUUUUUUUCUCCUUUCGAUGAACGAAAAGGUCUUCAUGGUGAGAGCGUCUCAACAUGAGGACCUUGAUAUUCCAAGCUUCCAAAUUCACACUUCAAAUAGAACGCUGGAAAUACACCAGAUGUUGCAGUCCCCAACAAGCAAUAAACUGAAGGCUAAUGAUUUUUGACCUUGUUAGAGAUUUAAAAGCUUGCCUUCGGAUAGUGUCCAAAAGCAACAAACUUGGGUAAUAAACUAAAAGAUUAUGACCAUUCUUGAGUUCAAGGCAAGGGCUAUGGGAAAGGGGCUUGGAUUAUUGCAAAUGACAAAUGAGUCAAGAGAAAACAUAUCCUCUGUCCUACACUGUGAAUUUGAGGGCAAAUAAUUGUCUACCAUUACAAUUGUGUAGUAUGAAAUGUCUGUGUUACUGCCUUAAUAUCUGUCAUAUACUCUUAAUGGCUUAUGAUAUACUUUCAUUUUGAUGAAAUUCAUUAUGGAAAUAUUCACAUCUAGCUACAGUAAAUAUUAAUCCUAAUGUUUGACUUAUGUUAACCAAAUAUAUUGAGCAAAGACAUUACAAAAUGGUGCAAUAAGUAAUAUGCUUCAAUGUGUAAAAAUGUAACAAUAUAUUCAUAUACAAUUUUAUAAGAAUCAUCUUUUUAUAAGAAGUCCCUUGACUUGUGUCAGAAAGUCAGAAAUCCUCCAUUGGUUCUUAAUAUCACUGUGGUAGAGGGCACAGAUUUAAUUGUCCAUGUUUCAAUGCUUUGAUUACAAAGACUGAUAAAGAACAAGCAUUUUUCCAUAUGAUCAUUAAAUAACUGGUACUAUAGAAAUACACAAUUUGAUACAGUUUGUUUGAGAGUGUGCAUGUAUUAUAAGUCUAAGCUCCAUAUUUUGGAACAUGCUUUUAAGAUUCUGACUUGAGUGAUGUGUUAAGGAAGAGGCUUUAGGUUGCAGUGUUUGUGUCAGUCGAAUUUGUGAAUUAAAAUAUAUAAUAGAGAUGUCUGUCUAAUCACCAGGCAUUUGUAUCACAAAACAGUCAAAUGUAAGUCGUCGAUAUAAUUUUUUUAUGACCAUAAUUAUUAUAUAAUUAUUUAUAAUUUCCCUUCAGAUUUACAAUGUGUUCACGUCAAAUAAACAGUGGGAACUAUA